UGAAACUCUUAGCCGAUCUGACUAGACUUUAAUAAUUUAUAUUAAAUGAAAACAGAGCCGAAAUCAUAUUUCAUGCUUGCGUUACUUCAGCAAUGUUCUACCAUCAAUACAUAUUUUUUUUUUCAAAUUUUUCAAUUUUUAACUUUAAAUUAUUAAAAUUUUUUGGGGGGUAAAGUCAAUUUUUUCCUCUGGCUACACUUACAUACAUACAUAUGCAGAUCGAAUUCAUUGCGUGCUUUAAAGUCUGCUUGGGAACACGUUUAGACGCUGAUAGUAAGAGCUCAGCGAUGUCAACUGUUUUUUUUGGAACUAUUGUGCACACGAAGUCUUUCAAUGAAUUUGAGUCAUUCGAAAAGGGAUUUUUGGUGGUAGACGACUGCGGAAAGAUAAUAGGAAUUGGCCAUGACUACCAGGAAUGGGUGUCCAGCAACCCGGUCCGGGCCAAGGAUCUGCGCGAGGUUUGGCUGACGGAUUGCCAGUUCAUCAUGCCUGGCUUCGUCGAUUGCCAUAUACACGCUCCGCAGUUCGCACAAGUGGGCCUGGGACUCGACAUGCCCCUUCUGGACUGGUUGAACACGUACACCUUCCCGCUGGAGGCAAAGUUUUCCGACCAACAAUACGCCCAACAGGUUUACCAAAGCGUUGUCCACGCAACGCUGCGCUGUGGAACCACCCUGGCUUCCUAUUUCGCCACGAACCACCUGGAGUCGACGCUGAUCCUGGCGCGGGAGGCGGUGCGCCAAGGCCAGCGGGCGCUCGUUGGCAAGGUUUGCUCCAACUGCAACAGCCCUGACUUCUACGUGGAGACUGCAGAGGAGUCGGCCAGUGCUACUUUGGCGUUCGUGGAGGAGAUGCGGAAGCUCGGCAGUUCCCUGGUGCUACCCACAAUCACUCCCCGCUUCGCUCUCAGUUGCAGUAAGGAACUACUAAAGGAACUGGGCGGUAUUGCAAAGCGAUUCGAUCUUCACGUCCAGAGCCACAUCAGCGAAAAUCUAGCAGAGAUCGAGAUGGUAAAGGGGAUCUUUAAAUCCAGUUACGCCAAAGCUUACGACGAGGCUGGACUGCUGACAAAUAAGACUGUAAUGGCGCAUGGCGUGCACCUCGAGGACGACGAAGUCGCGCUUUUUAGGACUCGCGGUUGCUCGGUGGCACAUUGUCCUGCAUCUAACACAAUGCUCAGCUCGGGACUGUGCGACAUCCAGCGACUUGUUAACAACGGCGUGACCGUCGGUCUUGGCACAGACGUUUCGGGUGGAAACUCCGUUUCAAUUCAGGACGCCCUUCUGCGCACGUUGGACGUGUCUAAGCACCUUGACUUCUUCAAAAAACAGAACAUACGCGGAACGGGGAAGGCGAAAGCACAAGAUCCCAACUACGUUCCGCUGAAGUAUAAGCAGGCAAUGUAUUUGGCAACUUUAGGCGGCGCCAAGGCGCUUUCCCUGGAUCAUUUGACUGGAAACUUUGCAUUAGGGAAGGAGUUUGAUGCCCUAUUAGUGGAUGUAAGCGUCGUAGAAAAUCCCGUGCGGAGGCUGAAUGUCGACGAGCUGGUAGAAAAGUUCAUUUACACUGGCAAUGAUCGCAAUAUUUUAGAAGUUUUUGUGGCCGGUAAGCCCGUUAAGAACGACUGCCAAUUAAAAUAGAUUAGUUGUACUCUAUCCAUUAUACUUUUACAUAGGCAUUUCACAAGGAAUCAAAUGGGAAAUUUAUUUUUAUAGACACUAAAUGCUGAAACGUAAUCUUGCUUUUAGAUAACUUUCAAUAUAAUUUAUGUACAGUUGGACUUUUAAGAAGUAAAACCUAUUUUGUGUACUCGUUUUACAUUUUAUACUCGAAACAGUUAUAUAAACUAUACUUUGAGUUUA